AUGUUGAGCUACUAUAUCCCUCACCGCUUUCUGUUAGCAAACUGUGCCAUGUGUCAACGGUGCAGAUUCUCAAUGGCAGGCGCUCCUAGACGCCAAAUUCACACAGCGCCGCCUCACCAGCAGCAGAGGCUACUGCCCAUGGUCCGCAAACUCGUUGUCCCUGACGCAAUGAACUGCAAUCCGAGCUGA